AUGUCGUUCGCUCGUCCGUACAGUCUCAGCGGUACGCUUACGCCGUUUCUGUAUCCCGCCUUUCUCCACGUGCCACUUGCCUCGGCAGCGCGCAGAUGUCCACUCCGCAAACGAUUCCCGCUACAGCUCAGAUGCAACUCCACAUCUGCUGAGCAGCCCGAUGCGAAUCCGAAUGCGCAGUCUUCGCGAUUAGAUCCUACAGCGGAUGACUACUCCCUCACGCCUUUUGCCGACCGAUGCAUUCUUACCGUUGAAGCUGGUGGCGGCGGCCACGGCUGCGUCUCGUUCCUACGCGAAAAAUACAUUGAAGAAGGGCCUGCAAAUGGCGGCGACGGUGGCAGUGGAGGCAACGUCUACAUCCAAGCAGUCCGCGGCGAGACAUCGUUACAUAAGCUUGCGAGACGGCGACAGAUCAAGGCGGGCAGAGGGCGCAACGGACAGGGCAAGGUCAAAGGUGGCGAGCGGGGAACCGACGUCUUGAUCACGGUGCCUGUGGGAACGAUUGUGCGGGAGCUACAAAGGCAUGACCCGGUGGCGAUAAUGGAGGAGGAGCACUGGAAGAUGGAGCAGGAUGAAGAAGCGGAGGAGUUGGAGGAGGGACAACCCAGCUACAGGAGAGAUCGCUGGCUGGUUUACCCCGGCACUAUACCCUCAGAGCUGAGCAGGAUCAAGUUUCCCAAGCUCCCUCCACCGCGUAGAUCGCAUCUCGCAGCCCUCGAGCCGGAAGCGCCCAUGUGGCUGGACUUGGACAAGCACAUGGAGACGCCUAUGCUGAUUGCAGCCGGAGCGAUGGGCGGCCUGGGCAACCCGCACUUUAUGACGCCGUUCAACAACAGGCCGAAGAUGGCUACCCGCGGAGACGAAGGCCUCAAGAUAUCACUACAACUAGAAUUGAAGAUUCUUGCGGAUCUGGGACUGGUAGGGCUGCCUAAUGCUGGAAAGAGUACGCUCCUCCGGGCCUUGAGCAACAGCCGUGCGCGAGUCGGCAACUGGGCCUUUACAACCCUCCAGCCAAAUGUCGGCACCGUAGUUCUGGACGACCACAAGGGGCGACCGCUUGUCAGGUCACGCAGACCAAAUGGAGAGCUGCGCGAGAACUUUACCAUUGCCGAUGUGCCGGGUCUGAUCGAAGAUGCGCAUCUAGACAAAGGGCUCGGACUAGGCUUCCUGCGACACAUUGAGCGCGCCGCAGUCCUCGCCUUCGUCAUCGACCUCUCCGCCGGUGAUGCCGUCGCAGCGCUCAAGCUGCUCUGGCGCGAAGUAUCCGAGUACGAGACACUACGCGGAAAGGAACUCAACGCCGAGACAGAGCGCAGGAUGGUCACCUACACCCCCGCUGGCAAAGCACCACCGAGCGACGCAUCCGACCUCCUCGACUCGCCGCAUCUAGACCCCUCGCCGAAGCCUCUUCCCUUCCUGAGCACAACCCCGAUCUCAUCGAAGCCGUGGUUCGUUGUCGCGACAAAGGCCGAUUUGCCGGAUACGCAGGUCAACUUUGAGGCUCUUCGUGCGUAUCUUGAGGAGGUGAGCAAGGGCGCGCAACCCCAUCCUAGUAACCGCAAGCAUGCGUGGCGGCGCAACGUGCAGACUGUGCCGAUUAGUGCGAUACAGGGUGAAGGUGUGCAGGUCAUUCCGCAGUUGGUGAUGGACUUGUUGGAGGAGUAG